AUGGCACCCCAUAUGCAGGAGGUCACCACCCAAGCAACGCGAAGCGUUUCCAACGUUGUCAAGCGGCUUCUGAUUCCCUUGACUCCUACAAGCCCUCCGGGCCUCGUUCAGGCGAACACUGUCGAUCCUUGGUCCAAGGCCGGUAAAUAUGCUCUCGGGUGGACCUAUUUCGCGGCUGCGCUCUCGGCCUGCGUCUUCUUGGUUCGCAUGUGGCAUUUGUGGCAAGACAAGAUUCGCCAGGCCAUUUACAAACAACAAGUAGAGGCACACUAUCAGGAGACUUACAAUGUCGAUUCCAACUUUGUCCAGGCCGCCAUUCGCACCGGCAUGGCCCAUGAGUUCUUCCCUGACGGCAACCCUAUGGGUGAAAAGUUCCGUCCAAAGGCCCAUUUCUCGUCCAUUGGGUUUGUCAACGACACACUAGCCUUGUUUCGAUGGGUCUUCUAUCGCUCUCUGCCUGAUAUCGUCAUUGGAAAGCAUCGAUUUACGUUUUCGUCGCUCUCUGUUCUGGCGACGACAUUUAUCGCCUUUGCCUUUGUUGCCCUCUACACCUUCCUCCAGCAGCCGCUCUAUUGGGAGAGCAUUCGCUUUGGAGCGCCUCCAGUGGCCAUCAGGGCUGGUAUGCUUGCCGUGGCGUUGAUUCCGUGGAUCAUUGCGACAGGCAUGAAGACAAAUAUACUGACCAUGAUGCUUGGCAUUGGACCCGAGAGACUAAACGUCUUUCACCGAUGGCUAAGCUACCUUUGUUUAUUCCUUUCCUUGGUUCACAUGAUCCCAUUCUACGUCCAGCCUGUGUGGGAUGACAAUGGCAUGUCGGUCUGGGCCUCAACCUUCCCUCCCUCAAAGGGCAUCAUUUACGGCACUGGAAUUGCCUGUAUCGUUCCGUUGAUUUGGCUUAAUGUGACCUCUCUUCCCUGGAUUAGGAGAGUUGCCUACGAAUUGUUUGUCAUCUGCCACGUCCCGGUCGGCAUCCUCUUCGUCGGCGUGUUAUUCUGGCACACGGCAAACCGACUCCUCACCUGGGACUAUCUCUAUGCCACUGCGGCCAUCUGGGGAGCCUGCAAUCUCAUGCGGGUCUUUAAACUUAACUGGAUAUGGCCUGGACGACUGUCCUUUAUGGUUGGAGACGAGGCUGCAAUCACCCUCAUGGCCGAGAAUGCUAUCAAGGUCACCAUUCCUACCCAGAUGCGGUGGAAGCCUGGUCAAUACGUCUAUCUCCGAAUGCCAGGCAUUUCAGUAUUCGAUAACCACCCGUUCACCAUUACGUCCCUCUGCAGCGAUGAUUUGCCUUCCGAGUACGGAGAAAACUACCGGGAUUGCAUUCUCCUUUUCAAGGCCUAUCGUGGAUUUACUCGCAAGGUCCUGGAAACUGCCAUUGAAAAAGGCCCUUUUCAUACAUAUCGCGCGUUUUUGGAUGGUCCCUACGGCGGCAUGAGGCGCGACCUGGCCGCUUUUGACACCUGCAUCCUCAUUGCUGGCGGAAGCGGCAUCACCUCAUUAAUUUCCCAGCUUCUCAAUCUGGUGAAGAGAAUGCGAGAUGGCAAAGCCAUCACUAGAAAGGUUGUCGUCGUCUGGGCCAUGAAAAAGUUUGAGGACAUGGAUUGGUUCCGAGAGGAGCUGCGCAUCUGCCGUGAAUCUGCGCCUCCCGAGAGCGUCAGCUGUAAAUUCUUCGUCACUACGGCUGUGCGGAACCGACCAGGGCAGCAAAUGACUGCCCCCAUAAAUGGAACAAACACCCGAGCUUUGACUCACAAGUUUCACGAUAAACUUGACGGCUUCGUUGCAGGCAUUGCUUCGAAGCGAAACUCGGCCUUCAUUCAGGCUGAGGCACAGGGAGAUCCGGAGCGAGAGCGCGAACUUCGAGCUGAGAAUGAGGAUCGCAUCACGGCCCUUCCGCAGCAAAAAUACCUGCAACCUCACCAAUACCCGCCGCCACCUCCCCUUCCUAACCUCCCCCCUAAUGAAUCACCGGUGAGCCAGGGUGCCCUAUCUGAAGACAGGUUGGAUUACCUCAACGAGAAUGGCUAUCCCGAGGAUAAAAAGUAUGAUGCGCCAGCAGAGGAACCUCAGCCUCAGCCCAUCGCGGUCCCAGAGCUUGCACACUUGUACAACACUGGCAUCCCCGUUGGCCCUAGCGACCGUCCCGUAUCGACCUUUGGCCCACCAGCCGGGUUUGACUUUGGAUUCCCGCAGACUCCCACCGAAUUCCAAAAGAACCUGAUGCGAUCUGCGUUCCCCAUGCCCCACCAAAUAACUGAAGACGGUUGGACCAUCGAAUAUGGCCGCCCCUCUCUUGGAUACAUGCUCAAGCAAUGGGCCACAGGCGGGCCCGAGGGCAGAGGCAUCUUGGGCCGAAGGACUGCCGUCUUCGUGUGCGGUCCUCCAGGAAUGAGAGUGGGCGUGGCCAACACCGUCGCGAAGCUCCAGGCAGAGAUUUGGGGCGACGACGAACUGGAAGAGAUAUUUUUGCAUACGGAGAACUAUUCUCUAUAGAGUGGACGGUGUAUCGUGUGUGUGUAUUUGUAGAUAUAAUGAUGAUGAGGCGGAGGAUCACGAUUGAUGUAUAUUCUUUGAAGUCACGAACUGGCUUAUGAGCCCCCCCAGAGAUACCACUUGUACAUAGCAGCAUGCACAUAUAUUCCUGGCUUUACUAGCGUUAAUCAAGCAGUUUUAUGCG